CUUUAGUCUUCUGUUCUCCUUGCGAAGCCCAGCAACAACUCUCCUCUUCCUCCUCAAAUCGAACAAACAAAACCAAAACUCUCUUUCUACUCUCUUCAAAUCUUCAAUCAAUUACCAUGGAGGGACGAUGUUGAGCUUGUCGCUGAUAGCGAUCCAUUCAUUACCACCGACUACAUGCCAUUUUGACGAGGUCACCAGACCAUACAAUUCUUGCAACGGAUGUGGAAACUGGUUCUGCUAUCGAUCGUCUUGGAAAUGCUCAGGAGUCUCUCUCUGCUCUUCUUAAUCGGUAUUCAAGAGUGCUCAUUUUGGUUAUAUUCUGAACAAUCAUAUCUUCAUGUGAUGCAGGGAUUAAGGUUAUAAACUUGACCGCAUCUACUAAUGCCUUUGGAGAUGAUGAAGGUUGUAUUAAGAUAUGGGAUACCAGACAACUAUCUUGCUGCAAUUCCUUUAAUGCUUAGGAGGAUUACAUCUCCGACAUGACUUUUUCAGCUGAUUCCAUGAAAUUCCUGGGAACUAGGGUGACAUUCUUGUGCUGGAACCUCAACCCUGGAAGUCUUGUGAUAUAAAUCAUAAAGUUUCUGAGGCAACAUAACCAAUUAUCAAAAGUUACAUUCCAAGUGCAGCUAUUUCAGGAUAUACUUCUAGAUAGUGUAUUUAGAAGCUUUUUUUUUCUUUCCUUCAUAUCAAAAAGGCUCCAAUGGCCUUGAUUCCUAAUUUUUUUCUAUCAAAAAGGCUCCAAUGGCCUUGAUUUUUCCUAAUUUCCAAAGUAAGUUUUGUAAGUAGAUGAGUAUUUUUGUUUUUGUUUUUGUUUUUGCUUUUUUUGUUUUUUUUUUUUCCGGGUAAGUAAGGGGCCUAAAAGGCCAGCAAAAAGAUAAAAAAAAAUGUAACAACUAUCAAACAGGCCUAGAAAAAGACAUCAUUAUUAAAUAAUUUUUAUUUGAAAAAAAAAAAACCUUUGAAAAAAAAAAAUCCGAACUUGAACCGAACCGCUCGGUUCGGUCGGUUUUCGGUUUUAAUCUCUAAAAAAUACAAAACCGAACCGAACUGAAGUUCUAAUCAGUUUGGUUUUCGGUUUUGGCCAAAACCGAACCGAAGUGAACCGAAUCCACCCCUAAUUCUGGCAACCCGAUUAAGAUAACAGCUUUGUCAAAGGAGACACCUAUGCCAGCAGUGACUCUUCAGCAACAGGCUACCACCUGCGUUGUACACGUCAGAGAGGGGCCGUCGACUGUAAACCAAACAAUACCUGUGCAGGCUACUCGCCAGACUGUGGCGACACCACCUCCUCCUCCGGGUCCAGAAUAUGUAAGACGUGAUGAGGUAGAGGAGAUGAUCAGGUUGGCUAACCCUAGGACCCAGUCGGAUGGGGUCUAUGAGGGACCUUUCCCACCACAUAUCAUGCUCACACCUUUUCCCAGGGGCUAUAAGAAUAUUAUAUUUUCUACUUUUUCAGGGGAAGACACUGAGGAUGCGGCGACACAUCUGGCCAGGUUUAGGGUACAAUGUGGCUAGUACCAGAAUGAUGAUAUCCUCAAAUGCAGGAUCUUUGGUACUUCUCUUUCAGGAGCCGCUUUCAGAUGGUUUUCCAAGCUUCGACCAGGAACAGUGGCGGAUUGGCCUGCAAUGGAAAUGCUUUUCCGAGAAACUUUCUGAACUAUCGAGCCUGAGGUGGACUUGGCUUCUCUCAUCUAGAUGGCCCAGCAGCCUACAGAGUCAGCUAUGGCCUACCUUCAGCGCUUUCAGAUCCAGAAAGCCAAGCUGAAUGUCAUCCUGCCUGAGAAACAGCUCGUCAAGCUGGCGGUCAAGGGUUUGGAACCGCGUCAACGAAAGAAGCAACAUGGCAGCAUGAUCCAGUCAAUGGGAGAACUCAUCACAGAGGUGGGCAGCUUCGAACAUCUCCUCAGAGAAACAGACACAAGGAAGAAUGCAUCCAGAGGGACAUACGUACCAGGAAAACAUCGUACCGUGGCGGCCCUGAGCUACCAGCCGGCUACCUAUGACCCUUAUUACCAUCAUAACAAUGAAGAAGUGGUCCAGGAUGACGACGAGGAAGAGAAGAAUGAUAUUGCUGCCUACGAGUUAACUGGGAAAAAGAAUCUAGCCUUGAAGCAACUGAAAAUUUCCAAGGAACCUGUCAAGCUCAAGUCGGUGGCCUUCACCAAACCUGAGUUGGCGACAUAUACAUAUGAUGCCAACAAGGCGCAUGAGAUUCUAGACGAAAUGAUCGCCGCAAAGAUGGUGAAGACUGAUUUUGGACCCUUUCCUCGACCAGAACAGCUAAAAGGGAAGAAGUACUGCAAGUUUCACAACCUAUGGAAUCACAACACCGCGGACUGUGUGAAGCUCAAAGACAAUAUUCAGGUAUGGCUUAAUAAUGGCAGUUUGCAGGUGGAAGCUCCAGUCACGGCGGCAGCGCUAGUGGACCUGGACCCCUUUCCUGAUACUGGGAUCAAUAUGGUCGAGGUAAACUGGACCAAGCAGAAUCAGAGGAAACCGACCUCGGAUGCGAGGACUGAAGAGCGCGAUGGGAAGCCAGCCACGGACGAGACACCUGAAAAGGGGAAAGCUAAACUAACCGAUCAAGCCUCGCCUGUGGUUCUAUGCUCGCGAUGCAAAGAGGAGUGUGGCAUUCAAGUGUCGCAUGAAGAGGUCGAGCAAACAUUUCGCUUUGGUUCGCUACAGCCCAUCAAGUGGGCUUCGUCAUCGCGAAACUAUCAACCUUCUAGUCCAAGAGACAAAGAGAAGAUGGAGUCACCGCCUUCCCCGAAGGACUCUAAUUUGUUCAAGAGACUGAGGGCAGCCGCGGUUGAUUGGAAACAAGAAGAGAAGGCUACGAACAAGCACAAAGACGUGUUGACCAAGCCCUACAUCCCACCUGCGCUAGCAGCCACCGUCAAGGAAGGUAAAUGGUACACCAGGGAAAAGGGAAAGGCAAUGGAAAUAAGUACUUCGAGGAAGAGAAAACUGCAGCGCAUGUUUGGGGAAGCCAAGUGCGCGCUAGAGGCCCUGGAUCAGGGCCUGAUUAAACCUUCACAACUGGUCAAGUCACCUGAGCAGUAUCAAAGAGAAAUGGAGGCAUUAGCUGCUAAACCGUUAAUGGCUCCCUGCAGCCUUAGCAAACAAGCAAGUUCACUAACAGGGGCAUCUAAGCCCAGUGUUUUUUGCAGGAUUACUGAGUCUAACACCUCCGCCAGCUCAAAAGGAGAGCUCGCCAACUCGGCGACCACAUGUCAGGCGCAGGUUAUUUCGUGACGAACCGGAAGCCAAAUCUUUGGUCUUUGA